AUGUCUCUCGCAACCCUAGACACCACAGAGCACCACAAUCUCCCCGCCGCAUCCACAACUCUCUUCAGAGCUAAGGCGGCUCGCAACGUGAGCUUCGAGCAGAUCGGUGAGCACAUCGGUCGCAAUGAGGUAGCCGCAGCGGCCAUAUUCUACGGCCAGGCCAAGGCGUCGCCCGAGGACAUCAAAAAGCUGGCCGAUCUGCUUUUCAUCCCCGAGCAGCCUUUGUCGGAACAGCUCAACGGCUUCCCCGAUCGAGGUCGCUCCGUCGAAAUGCCGCCCAAGGAACCUCUUAUCUAUCGACUCUAUGAGAUUGUGCAGAACUAUGGCUAUGCCUACAAGGCGGUGCUCAAUGAGAAGUUUGGGGAUGGGAUUAUGAGUGCUAUCUCGUUUUCGACCAAGGUUGAGAAGGAGACUGAUGAGGAUGGAAAUAACUGGGCUGUUAUCACUCUUCGUGGUAAAUGGUAA